AUGUCUAUUCUAGGACCCAAAGGCCAUUACAGCGCUGCUGGCGCCUAUAAGACUGAUAAUUGGGGCAUUGAGGUCCUGGAUGAGGGAGAGCGAGAGGGGGAAGGAUAG